AGGAACAAAACGGAGCAGAAGCGUCGCGACGCCGAUCCGUCGACGGCGCCUCAGUGAAGUCCGGCCGUCCGUGGCGAACGCAAGCGACCGCACCCCCGCUGUUAGGGCCGCCGUCGAGAGAAGCCCUGAGGAAACCGUACCGCCGCCAACCGUCGUCCCUCCUACGAUCGCCGGACGAGAGCGCUUUGCUUCCAGCACCAGCGCCUUUGCGAAGAAGCAUCGCCAGUUUGAACAUCGACGAGACACGCUUCGAAGAUGCCGCGGCCAGUUUCGAAAGGACCUCCUCAAUUAUCGGCACGGGGACAGAUGGAGAGGCGGCGGCCACCGUUCCUCAGAGCUUCUGCCAAAACCAAGGAGACGGAACGAAGCAGUAAGAUGGAUUCUGCACGCAGCGGGGGUGCCAUAGAAGAACAAGGUAGUGAUGAAGAUCUGUCGCCAGACGCUCUAGUUAGGCAAAAUUAUGAGCUCCGUCAUCGCUUGGAAGAGGAGACUGCGAGUUACAAGAGACGUUUGGACACAUAUCGGCAAGCUCAGCAGCAUCAAGCUGCCCUCGUCUCACGGUUACAAGCUAAAGUUCUGCAGUAUAAACAGAGGUGUUCGGAACUGGAGAAUCAGAUGGCAGAGACGAUUCCGUGCGAUACUAUUAAACCGACAGCGACAGCCACAGUGUCCUCCACCACCGUGCUAGAGGCUGCCCAUCAGACACUUCGGGAUAUACGAGAGGAACAAAUUCACGACUUGGAUACUGCAUUGAAAAAGCUUGGAGAAGAACGACGAAAAUGUGAAGAACUUAUACAACUAAAUGCAACGAUUAAAGAUCAACUCGAAGAGUCUCAUCAAACAAACGAGGCACUAACCAACGAUUUGCAAAAAUUAAGUAACGAUUGGGAUAUACUGAGAGAAGAAUUGGCUAUUAAGGAAGAAGAAUGGAAAGAAGAAGAACACGCAUUCAAUGAAUAUUACAUCUCUGAGCAUAAUCGAUUACUGAACCUGUGGCGCGACGUUGUUUCCGUUAAAAGACUCUUUGCAGAAAUGAAAUCUACUACAGAAAGAGAUUUGUCCAAACUGCGAAACGAAAUUAUUUCAUCGUCUAAUGAAAUGACAUCGGCGUGCAAUAGUGCGAAUUUCACUAUGAAGCUUCAAGCAACUACGGGCCAAUCCACACCAUUUUCCCAGAAAAUGGAAGAGGAACAAGCUGUGGCCAUCCUGAAAACAGAGAUUACCGCGCUCAAGCAACAGAAUGUUGCCAAUCAACAUGAAAUUCGUACCAAAGACGACCGGAUAGACCAACUUAUUCGAGAAAUUCGUAAUUUAGAAGAAAGAUGUAGCGUUUCCGAGGCGGCAGUGAGCCAGACCAUGCGUAUGCAGGAAGACAUCGAGGUGCUGGAAUCCGCGUUACGGGAUGUCGCGCAUGCCGUGAUUCAGGACGCCGAGAGCCGGGACGCCGACGUUAAACAGACACCUACGCACAUCCACCUGCCGUCCAGCGGACUGAUCCAGCAGAGAUCGCCCAAGAGGAGCACGCGAAGCAGCACUAUACCGGCGUUUGCCGAAAGUACAAUAAGCGCGGUACGAGCAGCUCUGCAGAAGUAUCAGUUAACGAUACGCGAAUUACAGAUUAAAUCACAAACGAGCAAGGAUCAGAUUCUAUCGAUGCGCAAGCAGUGUGACACCGCGGAGGAAAAUGCUCAUACGUUAAAUACGAGGGUUGCGGAACUGAUCUCUCAGUUGGAUGCGUGCCGUUCGCAAUGCGCACAACUGGAUCAAGAGAAGGACAUGCUGCAGAAGAGUCUCGACACUGUGAAAGUGGAGAAAAAUGCAUUGGAUAAGAAUAAAAUAGAACUCAAUAGCACGAUGGAGGCUCUUAAAAACAAUUACGAGAAACUUCAGAAGACCAAUAAUAAAUUGCAAAAACUGUGCGACAACUUGGAAGAUGAAAAGUUAUAUUUACAAAAUGAGCUUGGUAGAAUAUCGGAGGACGCUGAUUUAAAAGAAUUAAGUUUACGAUCGGAGGAAGAUAGAUGCAGUAAAAUGAGAGAAGAGAUCCUGACAUUGCGAGAAGAUCUUAGCAAAACUCAUCUUGCCAAGGACAUGUUGGAACAGCAGAAGUUAGAAACCGAUGGAUUAAUUUCUCAAAUCGAAAAGAGCAAAGGCGAUCUUGAGUUGGAGCUGGAACGUAUACUAUUGGAGAAGUCAGAUGUACAGGAAAUUUUAAUUAAAAUAGAGGCGAUGUGCUCCAAUCACGAGCAGGAUAAGCAAAGAUUGCAAGAAGAAUUGAAAAAAAUGACAGACGAGAAAAAUAAGCUCGAGAAAAAUAAGCUUGCGAGUCAGUGCAUCGAUCAACAAGGGGAUCUGAAUUCGUUGAGAAAGGAAUUGCUGCAGGCCGAGCAGACUCGGCUCGACGUGGAGUCCGAGAAGGUUACGUUGAACGAGAAGAUUAAAUUUCUGGAGAUAGAAAAGGAGAAGGUGGAAAUGGAGUUGGGUCAAGUGACUCGCGAGCGCAGCGAUUUGAGCAAUCAACUGUCAGUCUUAGCGCGAAAAAAGGAAACGUUAAACGAGGAGCUCAUGAGACUUCGGCAAAGAUUAGAGCAGGCCAACGAAAUGAAUGCGCGAAUUAACAGAAACUUGAAAGAUCUUGUGAAAGAUAAUGAGGAGAAACAGGUACUCUUAGAAACAAAUGAGAAGGAGUUCCAAAGGUUGCAAGAGCAGCUUGCGUCAAUGCGCACUGAGAAAGAAAUACUAGAAGGAGUGCUAUUUGAUACACAGACCAAUUUAGAAACUACACACAUCAGGAAAACCCAGUUGGAGAAGGAGCAAAAGGAGAUGUUAAUAAAACAGGAAAGCUUGAAGGGACAGGUGACGCGACUAACGAAAGAGCUGGAGAAUAGCGAGAAACGUGCGCAAGAUACCAAACAAUCGCUUACGCAACAGAGCGGCGAACAGAUCGCAGAAUUUCAACAAAUUAUAUCCAACAUGAAGAGACAAUCGGAAGAUAGUAUAAAAAAGAUAAACGACGAGAAGGAACAAGUGAGAAUAAGUUUAGAGAAACGAUUGCAACAGUCUCUGUUGCAAGUGGAGGGAGAGAAAAACGAAGAAAUCAAUCAACUGCAACAGCGAAUAGAGGAGCUGCAGCAACACAUAGAGAAUUUAUGUAAGCAGCACGAGGAAGCGCUUCUCAGAGCCGAGAAUGAUAAACAACAGGCACUUUUAAUAGCUCAUCACGAUCAACAGGCUUUAAUCGAAAAGAUUGACACCAUUAUGCGCGAAUUAGAGGAAGAAAAGAACACCUUGGAACGUGUUAAAAGAGAGGCCGCAGCGCGCGCCGAUCAAGAACGCAACAAUACGAAUCAACUGCGCGACGAAUUGAAUCGUCUGAAGACAAAGCUGGACGAGACAAAGUUGAAGGCGAGCGAGGAGAAGAUGAAGCUCGACUUAAAGAUAGAGGAGCUCUGGAAGGAACGAGAGUCCACGCAACGAGAAGUCGAAGAGUUGCAAGUUCAACUGCACAUGACGGAGGAUAAAGUAGAUGGACUGCAAAAUCAGUUGCACGAUACUAUUAGAAAACUCAAAGACGCUGACAACGUGAACGAGACAAUGCGUAAAGAGUUAGUGGACGUGCGAAGACAAUUAGCGGAUACGAAGUAUGAAAAGGAAAAGUACAACAACAGUAACAAGGAGUUGCGGGAACACGUUAAGCAAAUUGAGAGCGAAAGAAGGGAACAAGGAAGAACGUUGGAGGAGUUGUAUCAAAAGAUAGCAACGUUGGAAGACGCGAAAGCGGCCAUGGACGUCGAGAGGACGCGUCUGCAAGCGCAAGUACGCGACAUGGAACGCGAAGCGUUGCAACUGCAGCAGCAACUUCGCUUCACGCAGGACGAGCUGCAGAAAUGCCACGAGAACAAUGCCCAGGCACAAAACGAGGAGAAGGAACUGCAGGCCAGAUUGGCUAACGAGAUCGAGGAGCGAGAGCGAAUACAGCUGCAGUUGCAUCAAGUGAAGAAACAGGUAGUCGACUUGGACAACAGUUUGGAAGUUACACGACAAGAGCUAGGAAAGCUACGCGCGCGAGCGGAUGAAGAAGAUGAGAGAUGGCGUGCCCGGGAACAAGAGUUGCUGGUACGGCUCGAGGAUAGCCGCUGUCGCGAAAGAAAAUUGGAAGAUCAGAAACAUAAUCUGGAAGUUUGCUUGGCCGACGCCACGCAGCAGCUUCAAGAGCUGAAGGCGCGCCUUGGAGGCUCCGAAGGCAGAGUGAGAGCUCUCGAUGCGCAACUGUCGCAAUUAGAAAUUGCUAAGAAGGAAGUGGAGCAAAAAUUGAGCAGUGUAGGCUCCACCCUACGCCGUAUUGCCGGUAUCCAAAUGGACGGAAGCGUGAACAUGCCGUUCAAAUUGAUGAGCCCUUCGAGAAGAUGGAGUCCAGCGCGUGCACAAGAUCACGGUGACACUAGCAGAGAUAUCAUACUAGAUGUUGAUCCUGAAGCCGUUAGGAAAGGAGUACGAUCGCUUAUGCAACAAGUUGCUCAAAUUGAACGAGAAAGAGACGAUUACAAAACAGAACUGUGUAGCUUCAAGAAGCAACUGAAGGAGUCUCAAGAAAAUCAAAGCAACACAGAUGUGAAAGUCAACAGCCUCCUGGCUAAUAUUCGGACGCUUCAGGAAGAGAGGAAAUCUAUAGAGGCAAAACUAACACAAACGCAGACUAGCUAUCAAGCACAGUUGGACGCGUUCCAACAAAAGACGGAGGAAUGCGAGCAACUGUGUGAAAAACUUACCACCUUGGAGCUAAAGAUAAGUGCGGAAUCGGACGAGAAAUUACAGUACGAGGAUAAACUAGAAAAACUGAAACAAGAAUUGAAUAGAUUGGAAACGGAAAAGCGUAAUCUUCAGAAAGAGGUCCGUCACAGCGACUCUCGCGCAACAGAGAUGGAACUGCACCGAAUGUCCUUAGACGGCGAUCUCCAAAGACUGCAAAUGAUGCUGCAAGAAAAAGAAGCGCAUAAUCAAAAAUUACAAGACCGCUUUGACACGCAAAGCCGUACCAUGGCAGGUUUAGAGGAACGUUGCGCUUCGUUAAAGUCUACUAUAGAGCAAUUAAAACUGUCGUUAGAGAAGGCGUCCGCUACGGAAAGCGAACUCAAGAGUGAAAUAAGUUUGUUGCAACACAAUGUAAUGGAGAUUACCACUUCCUCUCAAAGUGACAAUGAAAAACUCAAGCAGCUGCAGAAACAACUUUCGAAUGCCGAAAAUGAUCGUAGAAUAUUAUCCGAACGCCUGGAAACGGUUCAGAACACGUUGAGCAAUUUGAAACAUACCAAUCAAUCUCUGAUUGAUCAAAAUUCACGGCUGCAGAAUGAACUAGCCAAUAAUGAAGUACAACGAUCAGCUUUGGAGUCGCAAUUAAGAUUGUCCACAUGGCCACCGGAAAGCAACGCGACCAAAGACGAAGAAGUCUUACGACAGUUGCAAACUGCUCAAAGAGAAAGAAGCGAGAUGAGAGGAAAAGUAGAGGCUCUCAACGAUAAAGUGAAGCUGUUAGAAGCUGACAAACGUAACUUAGAGCGUCAGAUCACCGCAGGCAAGACCAGUGCUCGAAGCAAGAGUUACGAACGUCCGGAGAAGGCGCAUAUAGAACUCCUGGGUACCAGUUACAGCAUCGACAGUUUGGAGCACGAAAAUAGAGAAUUGAGAUUGAAGGUACGCAAAUUGGAGACCCAACUAGCGGAGAAGGAGGCCGAGCUGAUACGCGUGAAAUCCACUUACAUCCAUUCCUCUCAUUCGUUAUUGGACACGAGUCGAGAUAGAGGCGGAGAAUUGGAACGGAUUCGAGCCGCGCAACUGCAAGCCGAGAAAUUAUUAGAGGCGAGAGAGCAGAGCCAUCGUCAGCAAGUAUCACGUUUGGAAAACCAGAUACAAUUAUUGCGGGAACAGCUCAAUCAAGAGAUAAAGCGCAGACAACUGUACGUUUUACGAAGCUCGCGAGCCGGUAGAGAAAUGCAACAAUUGCGACAAGCAUUGGGCGACUCCUUGAGAACCGUGGCGCAGGAUCCGUCGCUGGAUGCGGUAUUAUUGGAACACGAAGCCCGUAAAUUGGACUCUACCCUGACGAGUAGCGCUAGCUUACCACCGUCAUUAGCUUUACCCGCUCCGCCGACUUACAGAUCCAGCACUCCGUCGCAACUCAAGUAAUGCAACAAGUAAUCGCGGACUGAAUUUUCUCUGAAAACUGCCAGUAUAUAUUACGUAUCAAGCAUAGUACUUAUAUAUUUUAAGUGUAGUACUUGUAUACUGUGCUUAGAUAUUGGUAUCAGUAUAUGGGUACUUGUAAGUUAUAUUUCUCUCGAGGAGUACAAUUAACUCUCGCGUAUGUAGAAAUAUUGUUCAGCGAGCGCUGCAGCAUUGCAUAACCGAAGUCAUUUACAGAAAGUAUGCGUCGAACUAUCGCGAUGAAUUCGUAGCGCUUCUUGGGUGUAUCUUAUGAUUGGGACAAUCGCGGAUUUUUCGACGACUAUAUUUCAUUUGAUAUACGAUUUUUACAUCGAACAUAUUGAAUUUUUAAGGAUUUUACUUUAUACGAAUUUUAUGCUUCCAAUGAUUAACGUUGCAUGAGAGAUCCAGACAUAUUUCAUACAGUUUAUUAAAUACGCGUGGGAUAUGUCAAGGUUUUUGUGAUAUAUGCGUAUAUUUAACAAGAAUACUUAGCUAAAUUAAUAGUAAUAUUUGCAACUUUGUUUCACUACCUCGAUUCUUAUCUAUCGACUAUGAAGAAAUUGUUGCAAGUCAGUUAAUAUCCAGUAAUUAGUAAACACAAAAAUCAUCCCAUUAUAAUCCAUUUAUCUAAAAAAAGACUAUAUUAAUUAAUAUGUUAAGAAUAUAUUAAUAUAUUAUAAAUUAUUAUUUAACAAAAUCCUGAUGAAGAUUUUAACAACGAAUAUUAACAUAAAUCAAGUAUAUAUACUAGUCUAUGAAAUGCUAGUCCACGAGUUCAUCCGUCCAUC